AUGGGUGUCACCAAGACCACCAUCUCCGAGGGUAAUGGCCCAUCGCCCCAGAAGGGUGACACCGUCACCAUGCUGUACACCGGCUGGUUGAAGAACGCCGACGGAUCCAAGGGCAAGGAGUUCGACUCCACCCAGAAGCCCGGCCGCGGCCCCUUCAAGACCCCCAUUGGCGUUGGUCGCGUCAUCAGGGGUUGGGAUGAGGGUGUCCCGCAGAUGAAGCUCGGCGAAAAGGCGACGCUGGACAUCACCAGCGAUUACGCAUACGGCAACCAGGAGUUUCCUGGCCUCAUCCCCAAGAACUCCAACCUCAUCUUCGAGGUUGAGCUCCAGAACAUCAACUAA